AAAGCUGCUGAACUAGCUUAAGCUGAAUUGAAGCUCAUCUUCGGCUCAGCCCUUCCAAACGGGUCCAAAGCAAUAAGCUUUCAGUUCAACAACUUCAUAAAUCAUAACUGUGAACGCCUACUGCAAGUCAACUGUAAAUUGUAAUUUUCCUCCAACACCGGCCCCCACCAUCCUACGACCAUCUUUCCAGUCCACUGUCACGAGAAUUUUCGAUCGAUCAUGUAACAUCAAAACACUUUCCACCUUUAUUUAUUUUCUUCAAAUGCAAUCUCAGACAUGAGUUGGAUAUAGUCGAUUUUUAUAUCAUUUUAAAUCCAAAUGCCUUUUCAUACCUCUCUGAAACAUUGAAUUUCUCUAUCAUGCUCGUUGCUUCGAUUCGCCACGCAUGAUUGGCGCCAAAUUUCUGCCUGAAAGCGUGUAUUUGGGCGCGAAGGAGAUCCCGAGACAGUGCCGGGUUGUGAUUCGCUGCAGUCCCAGGGAGAUGUCCUGGAUACGGUUAGGGUUUCAUACGAAAUCUCGAGAAGGAACCCUGUCGGGUGGAGGGAGUAGAACGGAUAGGGCUCCGGGGAUGAGCCUGCUCUGCUUCAAGGGUCGCCCAAAGAAAGGGCAGAAGGUGGAGGUGGAGUCUGUACAGGGUGGUGAAGAUGUCUGGGAUGCGGCGUCAGCAGAGGCGAAUUCGUACCCCGAGCACCUUGUUGUUAUGGUUAAUGGCAUUAUUGGGAGUGCUGAAGAUUGGAGAUAUGCAGCAGAGCAGUUUGUGAGGAAGCUCCCAGAUGAAGUUAUUGUGCACCGCAGUGAAUGCAACUUUUCUAGGUUAACAUUUGAUGGCGUUGACUUAAUGGGUGAGAGGUUGGCUAAUGAGGAUUUGGAGACAAAGAAGGUGGUUGGGAUUGGCCAUGAGAUGAAUGGAAUCUACCUGCUUGGAGGAAGCUCACAUGGGGAAGACAAUGUAUGGUCCGUUGUCAGUCGUAGGCCUUGGGUUCGUAAGAUUUCCUUUGUGGCUCACUCUUUGGGUGGUCUGGUUGCAAGAUAUGCUAUUGGGAAGCUUUAUGUCCCUUUUCCUGAAAGGGUUUCCUUUUCUACUGGGAACUCUUCAAGUGAGGAUCAUUCAAGAUUGUCCAAGGAAUUUCUUGAGCAACCUAAUGAAAGUAGAAUUGCUGGAUUGGAACCCAUGAAUUUUAUAACUUUUGCGACACCCCAUCUGGGUUCAAGGGGACAUAAACAGCUCCCAUUCCUUUGUGGUGUUCCUUUUUUGGAAAAGAGGGCAUCACAGACUGCACAUUGGAUUGUUGGACGGACUGGGAAGCAUCUCUUCCUAACUGAUAGUGAUAAUGGGAAGCCUCCUCUUCUACUUCAAAUGGUUAAUGAUUGUGAUGAUCUAAAAUUUUUGUCAGCAUUACGCUCAUUCAAACGUCGAGUUGCUUAUGCCAAUGCAAAUUAUGAUCAUAUGGUUGGCUGGAGGACAUCAUCAAUCCGCCGCCAACAUGAGCUACCAAAGUCCGACUUGCUUUUAAAAUAUGAGAGGUACCCUCACAUUGUAUAUAUUGAGAGUGAUAAUGAUGAAGACUUCCAUGAAAAGGCAUCUCCUGCUGUCAGCCACCAAAUAGUUGACCUUGAAGAGGAGAUGAUUAGAGGUCUCACUCAAGUACCUUGGGAGCGCAUUGAUGUUAGUUUUCAGAAAAGUAGACAAAGAUAUAUUGCACAUAAUACAAUUCAGGUGAAGAGUUAUUGGUUAAAUUCAGAUGGUGCGGAUGUGGUUUUUCACAUGAUAGAUAAUUUCCUCCUUUAAUCAUGGUUCAAAGUAUCAAUACUCUCGAUACACAAGUUUUACGCAUUGAGAGUUAUUAUUGACUGAAACUCUUUUUUUAUCCUUUUGGUAUUAUCUUUUGACAGGGGUCUUACCACAUCACCUAUUAACAUAUAAAAGGGCUGAAUGUUGUAGCUCUCCUAAAAUAGUGGAUCAUUGAUGCUGAAAACCAAUACAAUACACCCCAUAUUGGGCACAUUGUAUCGACACUUUCAACCUUGCCUCUAGUUUUCCACUAUGGACAUGGUGUGCAUUGGUGUUGUAAUUUUAUGAUUGAUCACUCAAGUUUCCACUUGCAUAGCAUAUAUAAUGCUAUGUAUUAGGGGUUCUGUAGCACUGUGGAAGGUUAUUAACCACGCUUUUGUAUAUCAGCACAAUUUACAAUGUUUAUUUGUUGCCUGAAAUUGUAAGUUCAUUCAUCUACCCACUGAUUUCGUUAUGAAAAUUUCCAUGUAUGGCUACUGUUGUGAUCCAUUUUCAUAGUCAAGUAAAUGAAUUGCUAGAUCUUGAUAUCUA